AUGUGUCCAUAUUUAAUCUAUCUUUCGGUGUAUCCAUAUUCCAUCUGUCUCUCUGUGUGUCCAUCGAUCUUUCUCUACGCCCAUAUUCAAUCUAUCAGUGUGUCCAUAUUCCUCCUAAGAAACAUUCUUUUCAUAUCUAUCUAUCUAUCUAUCUAUCUAUCUAUCUAUCUAUCUAUCUAUCUAUCUAUCAUAGUAUGUCCAUUAUCUAUCUAUCUAUCUAUCUAUCUAUCUAUCUAUCUAUCUAUCUAUCUCAGUCUUAACUGUCUUUUAAUUAUCUAUCUAUCUCUGCCUUUUAAUCAUCUAUCUAUCUCAGUCUUUUCAUAUCUAUCUAUCUAUCUAUCUAUCUAUCUAUCUAUCUAUCUAUCUAUCUCAGUCUUUUCAUAUCUAUCUAUCAUCUAUCUAUCUAUCUAUCUAUCUAUCUAUCUAUCUAUCUAUCUAUCUAUCAUAGUAUUCUUUUCAUUAUCUAUCUAUCUAUCUAUCUAUCUAUCUAUCUAUCUAUCUAUCUAUCUAUCUCAGUCUUUUCAUAUCUAUCUAUCUAUCUAUCUAUCUAUCUAUCUAUCUAUCUAUCAUAGUAUAUCUAUCUUAUCUAUCUAUCUAUCUAUCUAUCUAUCUAUCUAUCUAUCCCAUCUUUUCAUAUCUAUCUAUCUAUCUAUCUAUCUAUCUAUCUAUCUAUCUAUCUAUCUAUCUCAGUACGUAAAUAUCUAUCAACCUCAGUGUCAUCCCCUCCCUCUCGUUCUCUCUAUCUUAUAUGAAUCUCUCUCGCGUCUCUUGCAAUAUAUAUAUUUUUUUUUCUUCCCAGUCCUAUCUAUCUAUCUAUCUAUCUAUCUAUCUAUUAUACCUCCCUUCGUUAUCUAUCUAUCUAUCUAUCUAUCUAUCUAUCUAAUUCAUUCUCUUCGUUAUCUAUCUAUCUAUCUAUCUAUCUAUCUAUCUAUCUCUUCUCACUCUCCGUCGCUAUCCUCUGUUGGAGGUUUUGUAGUUUCUUUACAUUAG